AUGACUGUUGUAGGCAACGUCCUCUCAGCAGACUCGCUGGCCAGCGUCAUGGCAUCCACGCUGCCUGAAGAGAGCACUCCUCAAGUCCACACUCCAUUCGACGCCAUCGCUCUGGCAAGCCAUGCUUCGAUGCUUGCCGUCGGCUUUCGUUUGAUAGGUCUCGGUGAUGAUGACCGUAUCACUGCCGACAACCCCCCUCGACUGCCCGCCAGCUGGAAUUCAAACGCCCCCAACUACGCCUUCCGAUACGCCCACACCCAGUCGUCCAUGGAAUACCUACUAAAGGUCAACCGUAUGGGCAACAAGGCCGUCGUUCUGGCCAUGGGUCUCGGCGACGACAAGACGGCUACCCUGGACGUGAAAGCUGCCGAUUACACUUCUGAAGGUUCCAUGCCCUUCACCUUGUCAGAUCCACACGCCAGAAACCUGUUCAAUCUCUUCAUAUCCAAUGGACGCCUAUCUGACUACGGCUCUCUCAUGCGCAUCAACAUCAUCCAAAAACUCAUGCCCUCACUCCAGAAAGAAGGCUACCAAGAGUCUACUACACAAUCUACCCGACAGCCCAUCAGGGAUCCCGACACUUCUCGUCCCGAUCCUUUACGUGAUGAUCGUCAGCCUCCCGCUCGCCCUCGCCCCUUCCACGACCCUCUCGCCCAGACUCAACAUCCCUUUCCCCACGGAGAACUCGCUCCGCCAGGUUUCGAAGAUCCUUAUGACCUGAACAGACCGCUUCGUCCCGUCGGCGGUCCCCAUCCGGGCUUUGGUAACAUUGGUGAAAGAGAUCUAUAUCCUCAAGGCCUCGGUCCGAGAGACCCCUUCGGUAGCUCUGGCCCUGGAUUCGGUGGUGGCGGUAUGCAUCCAACUCUGCCCGACUUUCACGAUCCACGAGGUCAAGGUUACAAUCCACAAGCACCUCCGGGCAGUCGAUUUGACCCAGUCGGUCCUCGCGGUCCAUCAGGUUUUGGUGGUCCACCAAAUCCAUUCAACAACUUCGGUAGCGGGGAUUUCAUGUGA